GAGCACCGAUUGCAGUUGUAAUGUAGCUAUGGCGUCUGCCAGUGGUAUUGGUAGAGUUCAGGACUACCUGCUGAAACUCCAUUCAUUUCUCAGUGACUCAGAAAUCAGAUAUGCUGCACUUCAGUGUCACGAUAUAAUCGGCGACGUGGGACAGGAGUGCUUGAUACCGAAGAGGGAGAGCGAUUUCGUUUUCCAGACGUCUCUGCUGUUUUCGAAGGAAGAGGGACUGCUCAGCUUUAUCCGAAAGUCCAUCAGCUAUGAUGAACUCCGAGAUGCUCGACUGGAGAUCAUCAGCCUCUUGGAAAAGCUUCUUCAGAAGUUAUCUACUGAGUGUAAAGGGUGGGAGAAGAACCAUGCCGUUGAUAUCAAGGAUAUGUGCCUCCUUGUCUAUACAAAGGACAAAUCUGCAAAAAGCAGAAUAGCAACCCUGGAACUUCUUAUAAAGGUGUUGUUCGUGACAAAGGAUUCUGCUGUAGCUCAUGACUUUAAAGUUGCCGAAAUAUUCAACAAGUUCUAUGGCGAACUUGGUCAAAGAAGUAAACUACCUGACACGGUUCAUGGUAACAUCUAUGAGCUGCUGGGAGCACUUGGUGAAGUACAACCUGCUGAAAUGAUAAAUAAUUCUGAAAAGCUGUUCAAAGCCUGCCUGGGAGAGCUUAAAGCUCAGAUGACUUCUUUGACAAAGGAGCCCAAGUUGCCUAUUGUUGCUGGAUGCUUAAAAGGACUAACCUCACUUAUGGUUCAUUUUACGAAAUGCAUGGAUGAAGACCCACAAACUUCAAAGGAAAUAUUUGAUUAUGCCCUGAAGGCAAUCAGUCCGCAGACUGAAAUGAAGCGUUACGCCGUCACGUUUGCGGGGCUGAGAUUGUUCGCCAGGCAUUCUUCUCAGUUUAGCAGCUGCCUUAUGGAUCAUUACAAGACCGUGUUUGAUGUCAUGUGCAAGUGGUGCGGACACAUAAAUGUUGAGAUGAAAAAGACGAGUUACCACGCUUUGGAAUCGUUCCUGAAACAGAUAGCAUCCCUCGUCACCGAGAAUGUCGAGCUACACAAAAGCAAGUUGAAAUUCUUCAUGCAAAAGUUUUGCGGCAUCAUCAAGAACAUGGAUUCCUCUCAGAAGGAGCUCUCCAUUGCCAUUCGUGGCUAUGGGCUAUUCGCCGCUCCCUGUAAGGUGGUGUGCCCUCAGGAUGUGGAUUUCAUGUAUACCGAGCUGAUCCAGCGCUGCAAACAGAUGUACCUCACUGAAUCCGAUACACAGGCUGACAAUAUCUACCAGCUGCCCAGCUUCCUGGACUCUCUCGCUAGCGUCCUCUACCACUUGGAUACCAUUCCUGAGGUAUACACGCCGGUCCUGGAACACCUACUGGUUUUGCAGAUCGAUUGCUUCCCGCAGUACAGCCCGAAGAUGAUGUCAGCUUGCUCCUGUUCCAUUAUCAAAAUUUUUAUGGCUAUGGCAAGGAAAGGUCCUGUGCUCUGGAACUUUCUGAGUACUGUGAUGCAUCAAGGCUUGAUCCGUGUCUGUUCCAAGCCCGUUGUUUUGAAUGAGGCAGGAGCGAAGAGCAGUGACAGGGACCUGGAACCGCCUCCGGUUCGCACUGGGAAAUGGGAGAUUCCCUCCUACCGCGAUUACCUGGAUCUCUUCAGGAAACUCCUGGACUGUGAGAACAUUAAGGAGUCUGUCAAUGUGACGUUUGACAUGGACCGCUCCGUUCUCAAGUCUUUAAACCGGCACCUGUACGACGAGCUGGUUCGAUCAAUGCUGAAAAUCAUUAAGAAGCUUGACCUUUCAGUGCAGAAAGUGAAUUCAGAGACAGAGUCAAUUGAUGUGCAGAAACAAGGAGAGAAUAUUGAAGACACUGUCAUGCCCUCCUCAGACCCUACUGCUCAUCUUCAGCCCAACAAGCCAAAUGACUUUAUGGUCUUAAUCAAUCUGACCGAUUUCUGCAGUGAGCUGCUCUUGAAGAGAGAUGCUGGGUACUUUCAACAGUGGGUUUACCCCAUGGGCCAGGAGAUAAUCCUCCAGUCCUCACGAUUUCCACUCAUCAGCGGUUUUUAUAAGCUCCUCUCCAUUGGCAUGAAAUUAGCCAAGAGAUUAAAGUAUUUCCAGCAGGUGGUGUUAAAAUCCAGUCAUGGAGUCUUGGAGAAGCAUGCCUGCUUUCUACUUUUUACCAAGUUUGGGAAGGAGGUAUCUGUACGAAUGAAGCAGUACAAAGAUGAGCUUUUAGCAUCGUGUUUGACCUUCCUCCUCUCGCUGGACCAUCACAUCGUUUCUCUGGACAUCAAAGCCUAUAUUCCUGCACUUCAGGCAGCGUUUAAGCUGGGCUUGAGCCACCCGCCUCUGGCGGCAGCAGCUCUCGACGCCCUUGAGGAGUGGUCGUCCAACAUCCCCCAGCACGACAUGCAACCACAUUACAAGGAUGUCCUGCCUUGCUUGGAUGCUUAUCUCAAGACAUCAGGCUCAAAUGGUCAAGGUGAAAACAACUGGGAGGUGUUAUGUCUGUCUUCUGGGGAAGAAAAGGGACAUGGGAAAGUUCUCAUGAGGUUGAUGAAGAAGUCCAGACACCUGUCAUUGGUCCAAGACUCACAGAGCACGGUGGUCAGACACAGAGUCGUGCAGCUUUUAGGCCACUUGGGGGGACAGUUAAACAGAAGCUUAGUAACAGCCACAUCAGCUGAAGAAAUGAUGAAGAAGUGUGUGACUUGGGACUCUGAGAAGAGACUAAACUUUGCCGUACCUUUUGCUGACAUGAAGCCGGUCAUCUUUUUGGACACUUUUCUUCCCCGUAUCACAGAGCUCGCUCUCUCAUCAAGUGACAGGCAGACCAAAGUGGUGGCUUGUGAACUGCUCCACAGCGUUGUUGUUUACAUGCUGGGGAAGAGCUCCCAGAUUCCCGAGCAGGAUAAGUGCGCCCCACCCAUGUACAACCUGCACAAGCGGAUCUUUCCCGUGCUGCUCUUUUUGGCUUGUGAUGUUGACCAGGUGACAAGGCAGCUAUAUGAGCCCCUGGUGAUGCAGCUUAUUCACUGGUUCACUAGCAACAAGAAGUUUGAGAGUCAAGACACAGUUGCUGUUUUGGAGGCGAUUCUGGACGGUCUGGUGAAUCCAGAGGACUGCAAACUCCGGGACUUCUGUGGUCAGUGCAUUCACGAGUUUUUCAAGUGGUCCAUCAAGCAAACGACACCAAAACAGCAGAAGGAGAGUCACGUCAACAUCAAGUCUCUCUUCAAACGGAUUUACAGCCUGGCGCUGCAUCCCAAUGUUUUCAAAAGACUUGGGGCUGCUUUGGCCUUCAACAGUAUCUACAAACAGUUUAGGGAAGAGAAGCCCAUUGUGGAGCAGUUUGUUUUCGAAGCUCUGGUCACGUUUGUAGAAAGCCUGGCCUUGGCACAUUCAGAUGAGAAGUCUUUAGGAACAUUACAGCAGUGUGGCGACGCUGUUGGACAUCUGAAGAGAAUCAUCAAACACUUUGCUAUUCAGCUGAAUCAGUGCAUUAAGAGACGCGUACCAAGGGGUUUUCCACCAGACAAACCAAUGGCGUUGUUGGACAUAGUCAUGUGGCUUUUGGUGCAAUGUGGGCGUCCCCAAACCGAAUGCAGACAUAAGUGCAUGGAGCUGUUUUAUGAAUUUGUGCCCUUGUUGCCCGGUCAGAAAAAAGCAGGAGUCUGGCUUGAGGAACUGCUGGAGCAGAAGGGCUUUGACUUCCUGAUCGACAGCUUUGAGGGUGGGGGAUACAGCGAGUGCUCCUUGGGGCUCCUGUCCCAGUGUACCCUGAAGGACCUGGACGAGCCCUUCAACAUGCGAGCCACCCUGCAGUGGAUGGACAUGCUGCUCGCAGCUCUGGACUGCUACAACACUUUCAUCGAGUUGCAGCUGGUCAAGCCGACAGUGAUGCAGAGCACUACAGAGAAGUCUAGGUUUUUGAAAGCCCUUCAGUUCUUUAUUGAUCAGCUAGCUGCACAGGACAUUGCGGCAGCUGAGAUUUGUUUCCCUGUAAGGCAGAAAGUUUCUGUCUUUAGCCCUAAAGAGAAAGAAGACUACAACUAUAGCAAGGGAACCAUCAUCGUACGUUUGAUGGAGUUUGUCACAAUGGUGCUGGAGAAAUGCCAUCAAGACUUCUGGAAGUUUCUUGAGCAGUAUGUCUUGAGCGACUCUUUCUUUGAGCUCGUGGCGCUGGUCAUCUGUGAGCCGUCAGUCGUUGGCUUCAAUAUGGCUGACGUGGAGGUGAUGGUGAAUCUGCCCACGGUCUGUGUCAAUCUCAUGAAGGCCACGGUCCCCACAACGUACAAGUCCAACCUGGAGAGAAGCGUCAAGAAGUGGAUAUCCCGGGAAAGUGUCUCUGAACUGUGUGGAAUAGAUCUCUAUGACAAAGAAGCCCGAGCAAAUAAUCCCAAACUGGAACGUAUACUCUUGGCUUGUAGGCAGCUUUACCAAGCCGGCCUUCUCGAAUCCAUUUUUCAGAGCGUGGCUGAAGCUGAUCUAUCCCUUGGGUCCAGGCUUCUCUCAGUUGUAUAUAAGGGUGUUGUCCCCAAAGAAGAGGGGGCAACUCUGCCAUCGAUGGAUGUGAGCAGCAGGAAACUAGCAGAUGAGCUGCUCCAGAUGGCAUUUUCUAUAGGACAAGAGAAUGAACUGGUAGAUCUGUUGCUGAACAACACAAUGAUAUCAGUGACACUGUCAGGAAGCGCUCAGGGAAAGAACAUCAACUUCUUGCACGGGGAGUAUUUCUAUAGCCUCUUCCACACAACGGUCAAUUCCGAGUUGCUAAGGAAACUGGAUGGCACUGUUCCUGCACUCAUGAAAUCCGCUGUCUACCAUCCCAGAAUGAUAAGUACCUUGCUGAAUGGCAUGUUGGAUCAUUGUUUUCGAGAGAGAAUUCUGCGGAAAAACCAGGGCAGCACCUUGAUAGGGGGGAUAUUGAGGAACUGGAGCUCCCUGCGACCCUGGUGGUCCAUUGCCAGCUCCUCCUCAGAAAGCAAGAUAGCUACCCUGACCCUGCUCUCCAAAGUCCUUCAGAUUGAUUCCGCAGUCUGCUUCAGUACCAGCCAUGAAGCAUUUGGAGAAGUGUUUGCUACAUACACCACUCUUCUCACUGACGUUGUGCUGCCACUGAAUCUGAAGAACCAUGCGUUGAUCAUUCUGCCAUUCUUCACCGCCCUGCCUGAAGAACCACUGGUGCAGCUGCGGAAAGCCCUGGAACUGUUUGUUGUAUCACAUUUCCCCCUGCAGUCUCAUGAGUUCCCCAGGGGAACACUGGACUACAACAACUACACUGAUAGCAUUAAGAAGUUCUUAGAUGCUCUGGAGCUCUCCCAAAGUCCUUUGCUGUUAAAAUUAAUGGCCGAGGUUCUUUGCCGGGAUCAGAAGCACAUCAUGGAGGAGCAGUUUCAAACGUGUUUUAAGAGAAUAGCUAAAAGGUCCAGCUGUGAGCGGCAGGUGGCGCUGCUGAAUACCGUGUAUCGGACAGUCAUGGUGGACGUGCAGCCAGUCGGCGUCCUGGGUCACGCUUUUGUCGAAAGGACGCUGCUGACGCUGCUCCAGCACUGCAGCAUCGAUGCUCUCAGGCAGUUCUUCAUAGAAAAUGUUCCUGACAUCAUAGCCACCCUGCAGCUCCGUUUCACCAAGUCUAAUGAGAUGACGUUCGAGACUCAGAUCAUAAAGAAGAAUGGCUGUUACAAGCUGCUUGAGGUUCUCUACUCUCGGCUACCGAAAGCUGAAGUCUACGCCAAAGAGUCGAAAAUUAACAUGGCCUUCGUGGGCUCAGGCCAACCUGAGGGUAACGAGUUGUCAAAAUCACUGCUCAAAUCCUGCUUUGAGGCCUUUACAGAAAAUAUGGUUGGUGAAACCCAGCUUCUGGAGAGGAGACGACAGUAUCACUGUGCUGCCUAUAACUGUGCUAUAGCUCUGAUCAGCUGCUGCUUCAAUGAGACAAAGUUCUACCAAGGGUUCCUCUUCAGCGAAAAGCCAGAGAAAAGUCAGUUUAUUUUUGAGAACAUCAUUGAUAUCCAAAGAGCCUACAGAUUCCCUGUAGAAAUUGAUGUUCCUCUUGAAAGGAAGCAAAAGUAUGUGACUAUCCGGAAAGAAACGAUGGGCAACAGUGGCGAAGAACCUCGCUAUCUCUCCUCGCAAUCCUGCAUGGACAGCAGUCUCAGAGAGGAGAUGAGCCAGUUUGACUUUUCUACUGGCGUCCAGAGCUUCUCGUACCGAUUCCAAAAUCCUGGCAGUGAAACUACUGCUGCCUCGAGUGGGGAGCAAAUGGAGACAGUCUCCCAAGAUGAAGUGAUGGACCUGGAAAUGGAUGAGCUGAACCAGCACGAGUGCAUGGCCUCCAUGACAGCGCUGCUCAGUCACAUGCAGAGGAACGGCAUCACUCCCAAAAUAGAGCAGGGUACAACACCAGCUGAACUUCCACCUUGGAUGAAGUAUUUUCAUGGAAAGCUUGGGAAUUCAUCAACACCAUUGAAUGUUCGGCUCUUCAUUGCAAAAAUUAUAAUUAACUCUGAAAAGGUUUUCCAGCCGUAUGCCAAGUUUUGGCUCGGGCCGUUGUUACAGCUCGUUGUCUCUGGAAACAAUGGAGGAGAUGGAAUUCACUUCAUGGUUGUUGAUAUUGUUGCCACAGCUUUGUCUUGGACAAGCAUUGCUACACCCAAGGGUAACACCAAAGAUGAGGUUUUGGCUAAUUGGUUACUUGAGUUCCUCAUUAAGAACUGUUUUCACCAAAGAAGAGCUGUUUUUAGGCACAAUCUAGAGAUAAUUAAGAUUGUGGUGGAGUGCUGGAAGGAUUGCUUGGAGGUACCUUACAGUCUGAUACAUGAGCGAUUUGCUGGGACAGAUCUCAACAGUAAGGACAACUCAGUGGGACUUCAACUGCUUGGGAUUGUACUGGCCAACAAUCUGCCUCCUUACGACCAUAAAUGUGGCAUAGAGCAGGACCGGUACAUUCGAUCAUUGGUCAACAAUUUGUCAUUCAUAAGAUACAAAGAGAUCUACAGUGCUGCUGCGGAGAUAAUUGGGUGCAUGAUGCACUACUGGGCUGAGAAGAAUGAACCCAGUACGACCUUGUUUGACCUCACAGCUAGUAAGCUGAUGGAGCUUAAGAAGUCUGAUAAAGAUGACAAGUUUAUUGUUUGCUUGAGUAAAGUUUCCAAACACUUCGCUCCAUUUAUGGAUCGGUUUGUCAGUCAGAUAUUUUACCUGCUGCCAAAGAUGCACGGGUCAUUAAAGACUCACUGCCUGGAGUGUCUGCUCUGUAGAGCCAGCGAGAUUCCAGACAUAUAUUUGCAGCUAAAGACAAAAGACUUUCUCCAGGUCAUGGGUCACAGGGAUGAAGCAAGGCAGAGAAUCUGCCUAGAUCUUGUCCAUAAGAUCUUACCCAUUCUGAAGCCAGAAGAAAUUCAGGAAGUUUUGGGUUUGGUGUCAUCUUUUAUCACCCAUCCAUCCCCUGUGUGCAGAGAGAGAAUGUAUGACAUCCUCAUGUGGAUUUAUGACAACUACAGUGAUUCAGAGAGCCAGGCAGACCCUGUCUCCCUAGGCGUCUUCAAUACAGCAAAGGAGACUCUUCUUCAAGGGCUUGUGGAUGAAAAUCAAGGCCUUCAACUGUAUGUCCACAACUUCUGGAGCCAUGAAAGCCGGCUGCCCACGGCUACUUUGGACCGCACACUCGCUGUAUUGCGAUCGCUGUACUCCUGCAGAAUUGAAGAUCACUUCCUGAGCUUGGCCACGAACAUGCUGCUGGAGAUGACCAGCCGCAGCCCUGAUUACACCCGUGCCAUGUUUGAGUAUCCACUCUCUGACUGCAAGUUUCAGGAUUAUGUGAUUGACUCCAAUUGGCGUCAUCGGAGUACGGUGCUGACGCCGAUGUUUGUGGAGACGCAGACAACGCAGAUGUCGCAGACAGGCUCAUACAUGCAGUCACAGAAUGCUGCUGCGUCCUCUCGUGGUUCCACGGGGGCUCAGCUGAGAGUCACUCAGGACUCUCUGGAAUUCACCCCAACACAGACAACCGGCAAGCGUGCGGCAUUUAACUGGCUAACCGGGAGCAGCAUUGACACACUGGCAGAUUACCCUUUGCAAACUUCCUCAGAAUCAGUAUCUUCCUUGCUGGUGUUUGAAAAAAGGGACAGAACGCGAAUGACCAGGAAAACCCCGGGGGCUGAUUUUGGCACAAAGCGUCUGACAGCCCUUGGUGACAAAGGAAAUGAUCGAAGCGCCAAAGCUGCAAGUGAACAGCAGGCUGACAUCAUGAGGUUAAAAAGAAGGUUCCUGAAGGACAAAGAGAAAGUCAGCCUACAUUUUGCCACGAAGGGCAUCCGUGAGCAAAAGAGUGAGAAGGAGCAAGUUGCCAACAAGAAGCUUCAAAAGGAGGCCAAGGUCACCCUGUAUCGCAGCUACAGAGUGGGAGACCUGCCAGACAUCCAGAUCCAGUACAGGAGCGUCAUCGCCCCACUGCAGGCCCUCGCGCAGAGGGAUGCGACUCUUGCGAAGCAGCUAUUCAGCUCCCUGUUUAGCGGAAUCCUGUCGGAAAUGCAGUCUUUUAAAACUUCUGCUGAAAAAAAGAAGAUUAGCGAACAGCUGCUGGAGGACAUGAACAAUUUCCUCAACAAGAGUACAGUCUACUUCCCUCCCUUUGUCGCAUGUGUGCAGGAUAUGUGUUACCAGCACAAGGACUUGCUCAGCGUCCACCCUGAGAAUGUGAGCUCCAGCUGCUUGGCUAGCCUGCAGCAGCCGAUCGGCAUCCUCCUGCUGGAGGAGAGCCUCAUCCGGGACCAGGCGCCGUAUCCUCCGGCCAAGCGCGCUCGCCGCGACCAGCCGCCAGACACCCUGCGCUGGAUUCACCUGGCCAAAUUGUACAGGUCUUUGGGAGAUUACGACGUUGUACGUGGCAUCUUUAGCGGCAAGGUUGGGACAAAGCCCAUCACCCGGACAGCCUUGCAAGCUGAAGCAAAAAGUGACUAUGCUGAAGCUGUGAAGCUCUACAAUGAGGCACUAAACACUGAAGAAUGGAUGGAUGAUGAACCUACUGAGGCAGAGAAGGAUUUCUGGGAGAUGGCUGUCCUAGAGGCCUAUAGCCACCUGACUGAAUGGAAAUCCCUGCAGUACUGUGCUACUAUCAACAUCGACAACAGCACAUCCAUCAGACUUGAGAAAAUAUGGACUGACCCCUUUUACCAGGACAUGUACCUGCCUUACCUGAUGCGAAGCAUGCUGAAGCAGCUGCAGCUGGGAGACCAGAGCCAGACCCUGCUCAGCUUUGUAGAUGAGGCGAUGAAGCUGGAGGAACGGAAGAACAUCAUGGAAACUUAUUUUUCUCAAGAGCUGAGCCUGCUGUACAUCUUGCAGGAAGACUAUGACCGAGCCAAGUACUACAUCAAUAACUGCAUGGAAAUCUUCAUCCAGAACUAUUCCACCAUUGACAUGCUGCUAAAUCGAAGUCGUCUGGCGAAAUUGCAGUUAGUGCAACCUUUGACGGAGAUUCGAGAUUUUCUUCAUUUCAUCACCAGCAGUGUUUCUUCAAACUCUCUCAGGACUAUUAUAAAUACUUGGACAAAUCGCUUUCCUGAUCCAAAAAUGGAUCCAAUGAAUGUGUGGGAUGACAUCAUAACAACUCGCUGUUUCUUCUUGGAUAAGAUCUCUGAGAAGCUGACCUCUCUAGUCACCACAGAUUGUAUGGAAGUGGAAGACAGUGAGGGCACAGAGCAGAAAAUAAAAGUUGAAGAUCCUCCAGAUUUUGCUGUGAUGAUACGCGAAUGCAAGUUUAACAUGAAGUUAAGGAUGGCUGACAGUGCACGGAAGCAGAGUAAUUUCGCUCUUGCCAGCAAGCUGCUGAAGGAAUUACACAAAGAAUCGAAGACGAGGAGAAGCUGGAUGCAGCAGUGGGUCCACAGCUUCAGUCGCUUCAGCCACAGGCGAAGCCGAGGCCUGGGGCAGGUGGAGCAGGUUUCAGCAAUGCUCAAGGUCGUCCCACUGCUCGAGGAAGUUCAGACGGAGAAUGCACCAAUACAGAUUUACCAGGACCAGAAAAUUCUACUUGGGACCACAUAUUGCAUUAUUGCUUCAGCAGUAAGCAAGGAAUUGUGUGUUCUGGAAGAGAUUGGAAGCGAUAAGUCCAAAAGAUUGCUGGAGCUGUCUGGGGCGUCCACCAAUGAACAGGUGGUCAUAGGGCUUCAGAAACGUGCAUUCACGCUUUUUCACAGUGCUGUUGAAAGAGCAGAAAUGGAGCUGCCCUCAUCUUCUACAGGAGAUGUGGACACUUCUGUGGCCAUCAAGGCGUACAUGUCAUUGGCAAACUUCUGUGACAAACGACUGCAUGAGGAGGAAAAGAGCAGCACUGUUUCAGAAUAUCCUGAGCUGCUGACAUUCCCAGUUACUGUGAUGGAGAUGCUGCUUAAAGCAUUGAAGCUGAACUCAAAAGAGGCUCGACUAAAGUUCCCCCGACUAUUACAGAUCGUUGAACUGUAUCCUGCCGAGACCUUAAACCUCAUGGCCAAAGAGAUGGCGUCUGUGCCCUGCUGGCAGCUCAUUUCUUGGAUCAGCCAGAUGAUGGCGCUGUUGGACAAGCAGGAGGCAGUGGCUGUGCAGCAGAUUAUCGGCGAGAUUGCAGAUUCUUACCCCCAGGCCCUGGUUUACCCGUACAUGAUAAGCUGCGAGAGCUAUAACUUUGACGAUUCUGCCACUGGCCACAGAAACAAGGAGUUUGUCACCAGCCUCAAGUCGAAGCUGGAUAAGAGGGGAAUCAUAAAUGACUUCAUGGAGGCUUUACAGCAGCUGACAAAUCCGGAAAUGCUUUUCAAGGACUGGUGGGACAGUGUGAAGAACGAGCUGGAAAAGCCAAGCUUGGAUAAAAAGAUGAUCGCGAAAAUGUAUGAGGAGAUGUAUUCUUCUCUGGGGAAUCUAAGGGCAGAAGGUCUUGGCUCCUUUAGAAAGAAAUUCAUACAGAAAUAUGCUAAAGAAAUAGCAGCACUCCUUGGAACAGGUGCCACCAAGCUGAUUGCAAAGAAGAGUAAUACAGAUUUUCUGAAGAAUGUGGAUGACUUUGCAAACAAGAUGCGUGGUUUCCAGAAGGAACCGGGUAAUCUGAAGGAAUAUUCUCCCUGGCUGAGCAAUUUCAGAGCAGAGAUGCUGCAGGAAGAGUUAGAGAUCCCAGGGCAGUAUGAUGGCCUCUCCAAACCCAUGCCAGAGUAUCAUGCGAAGAUAAAAGGUUUUGAUGAAAGGGUGAAGGUGAUGAGUUCCAUCCGAAAGCCGAAGCGCCUGAUCAUCCGCGGGCACGAUGAACAUGACUAUCCCUUCCUGGUGAAGGGAGGGGAGGACCUGAGACAGGACCAGCGCAUCGAGCAGCUCUUUAGCAUCAUGAACAUCAUCCUGAGCCAGGAUGCUGCCUGCUCUCAAAGGAACAUGAAGCUCUCUACCUACCAGGUGGUCCCCAUGACAACUAGGAUUGGUCUUAUCGAGUGGAUGGAGAACACUUGCACACUGAAGGAAUUCCUUUACAAGCGAAUGACUGAGGAAGAACAACGAAAUGUCACAAGACCACAUGACGUCUUUGAUAACUGGCUUACCAAAGUGGCUGGUAAGGUCAAUGGGAUACUUCGUUAUGCUGAAGUUUACAAGAAAGCGAAGAGGGCUGACACUGUCGCCAAUUUUAAGAAGAUUGAGAAUCUCGUUCCAGAAAAUCUUCUGAGGAGAGCCUUCAUCAAGAUGAGCACGUCACCUGAGGCCUUCCACUUCCUCCGAUCCCAUUUCAUUUCCGGUCACGCUCUCAUAUGUGUAAGUCACUGGAUUCUGGGCAUUGGGGACCGGCACCUCUCCAACUUCAUGGUCAAGACGGAAACUGGCGGUGUUGUUGGCAUCGAUUUCGGUCACGCCUUUGGUUCCGCAACUCAGUUUCUCCCGGUGCCAGAGAUGAUGCCAUUCCGUCUCACCCGGCAGUUCCUCAGUCUAAUGCAGCCCAUGCAUGAGACCGAUUUAAUCCACAGCAUCAUGGUCCAUUCCCUGCGAGCCUACAGGGCUGACCCGGACUUGCUGCUCAACACCAUGGAUAUCUUUGUCAAGGAGCCCUCCCUAGACUGGAAGAACCUCGAGUUGAAGCAGUUGAAAAAAGGUGGUACUUGGACACAGACUGUUAACACCAAAGAGAUCAAUUGGUACCCUAUGCAGAAGGUUAACAUCGCCCGGAGAAAACUGGAGGGAGCGAACCCAGCUGACAUCACAUGUGAGGAAGUGAAGUUGGGCUUUGAAAAGGCCUCCGCUUUCAAGGGCAUGUUAGCAGUGGCGCAGGGGGAAGUGGAGCACAAUGUCCGGGCCCGGGAACGAGGUAAAGAACUGCCCGUGGAGACCCAGGUGGACUGCCUGCUGGACCAAGCCACAGACCCUAACAUCCUUGGCAGGGUGUGGAAUGGUUGGGAACCCUGGAUCUGAGUGACACUGAAAAGCAAACCAAGGAGUUUGAAGGCAUUUUCCCACUCUCACUUUCACCUUGGUAACAGUAGUUUACUUUACUGUUUAGUUUUGACGGUUUUUGGGAAAUAUAUAUGCAAAGAAUAAUGUAAAAGGCUUUAUAUAAACAUUGCAGUAGUGAAAUAAUUCUGCUACAGGUAGGCAAGAAUGUUAUAUUUCUGCAAAGACGGCAAUUUCCAGUUAAAAUCUGUUUCACUCAGCAAUUAAAAUUUUAGAUAGGAUCUUUUAUUCUUGGAAUGACAUUCUAAGAUACCUAAUUAUAAAGCCAACUUUAGGAGCCAAUGAAAAUCGUUCACAUCUGAGUAUAUUUACUUACAUUUUUGUACCUGUUCUCUGCCUAAAUAAAAUAUCAAACAACA